GACGCGCAAAGCACUCCGGCGGGCGGGCGCGCUUGGGCGCGGAGGGUGAGAUGUGGGCUGGUAGGGUCUGGCGUGCAGCGCUGCGCAGAGCGCCGGGCGGCUGCCGCGCGCAGUCAGCGCUGGCCCAGUUGCGAGGCAUCCUGGAGGAGGAGCUGGAAGGGAUCCGUGGGGCUGGCACCUGGAAAAGUGAGCGAAUCAUCACAUCGCGUCAGGGGCCGCGCGUUCACGUGGACAGCAUCUCCGGAGGAAUCCUUAACUUCUGUGCCAACAACUACCUGGGCCUGAGCAGCCACCCUGAGGUGAUUCAGGCAGGUCUGCAGGCUCUGGAGGAGUAUGGAGCCGGCCUUAGCUCUGUACGCUUCAUCUGUGGGACCCAGAGCAUCCACAAGAAUCUAGAAGCAAAAAUAGCCCACUUCCACCAGCGGGAGGAUUCCAUCCUCUACCCCAGCUGUUUCGAUGCCAACACUGGCCUCUUUGAGGCCCUGCUGACCCCUGAGGAUGCAGUCCUGUCAGACGAGCUGAACCAUGCCUCCAUCAUCGAUGGCAUCCGUCUCUGCAAGGCUCACAAGUACCGCUAUUGCCACCUGGACAUGGCUGACCUAGAAGCCAAGCUUAAGGAGGCCCAGAAGCAUCGGUUGCGGCUGGUGACGACCGAUGGGGCCUUUUCCAUGGAUGGUGACAUCGCACCCCUGCAGGAGAUCUGCCACCUCGCCUCUCGAUAUGGUGCCCUGGUCUUUGUGGACGAAUGCCACGCCACUGGCUUCUUGGGGCCUACGGGACGGGGCACGGAUGAGCUCCUGGGUGUGAUGGACCAGGUCACCAUCAUCAACUCCACCCUGGGGAAAGCACUAGGUGGAGCAGCAGGGGGCUAUACGACAGGGCCUGGACCUCUGAUAUCCCUGUUACGACAGCGCUCCCGGCCGUACCUCUUCUCCAACAGCCUGCCACCUGCUGUUGUUGGCUGUGCCUCCAAGGCCCUGGACCUACUCAUGGAAAGCAAUACCAUCGUCCAGUCUAUGGCUGCCAAGACUCAGCGGUUCCGCAGUAAGAUGGAGGCUGCUGGUUUCACCAUCUCAGGAGCCAGUCACCCCAUCUGCCCUGUGAUGCUGGGCGAUGCCCGGCUGGCCUCUUGCAUGGCAGAUGACAUGCUAAAGAGAGGCAUCUUUGUCAUCGGAUUCAGCUACCCAGUGGUCCCCAAAGGCAAGGCCCGGAUCCGGGUACAGAUCUCAGCGGUACACAGCGAAGAAGAUAUUGACCGCUGCGUGGAAGCAUUCGUGGAAGUGGGGAGGCUGCAUGGGGCACUGCCCUGAGCGCUGGGUAGAGACAAACAGCUCCAAGGUCCACCUACUGUCAGAGGCUCUGAGUCCUAAGCCAGAGUCCCUGGUCCUGGCUGAGAUGAGGCCUAUGCUUGUGGCUAUGAGUAUAUGAAACAAAUAUGAAAAUUGGCCAUUACA